AACACUGUACAAUGUACUUAAAGAAAGAAAAGCUGCAUCACACAAGGAAAAUGCAUAACAAAAUGAAAAAUAUAAUACUUUACAAGUAUUGUUUGUUAAUGUAUAUUUGCAUUCCCUCAUUAUAGACUCUUCUCCUAGUCAUUUUAUUUUAAUCAAUAUUUCUGUAGCAAAAUCUUCAGGACCAGCCAGGUGUUUAGUUCUGUCACAACCAUCUGUUUGGUCCAGAUGACAUAUAGCCAUGAUAUUUAAAACCCCCCAUUGUGUUGGCAAACCAGACUGCCUUUCAGGUGUGCCUUAUUCAGGUGCACAUGAUGCGGAGAUGCUGAAUAGUUGAUGAGAGAGUCGAGACUGGCAGCGAUGAAGGGAAAGAGAGAAUGGGACGUCUUGUGCUUACGAUCCUCUUCACUACCCUACUUGGACAAACAAGCGAACAUGCUGGAAGAAUUACUGUUUGUGUGAGCAAGUAAUAGGGAAGAAAGGCAAGAUCAGCAUAAAAGAAGUCCAGAAAUAAAAUUGCCAGAGGGGAGCAGUGAUGUCAAAAGUGGCUUCGUGAUCAGCGUGCUUAGUCAGGGACCAGAGAUGGAAAAACAAGCACCUGGGACCCGUGGAUGCUUUAGCUGGGACGCAUGGAGGAAUCUGCUGCUGCCCCAGUUAAACAGGCAGUCGCUGUACGUGUACGGCAGCGAAGUGGCCGUGGAGAAGGAGUGUAUCAGACAAAGAGAGAAAGGAGUUUUUGUCAUUCAUCCGUUCAGUCCUUUAAGGAGUUACUAUAUAAUGUGCAUGGUGGCCAUAACGUUUCUGAACCUCAUUGGGAUCCCGAUAGAGAUUGCUUUUUUAGACGGUCAAAGCGGCGUGGGCUGGGAAGGAUUUAAUGUCUUCUCAGAUACUCUGUUCCUUGUAGAUGUGGGACUCAACUUUCGCAUGGGGAUCAUUUCCGAGGACAACGAGGCUGCCAUUCUGGAUCUGAAAUCCAUUCGGCAAAAUUAUUUAAAGAGUUGGUUUAUACCGGAUAUGAUCGCAGCAUUUCCAGUGGGUUACAUCCUCCUAAUUGCAGAUCUGCAGUAUCAUGGGGAUUCUCCAUCCUCUAAAGCCAAUAAAAUGGUGCGGAUUCUUAUGUUUGUGCGGAUCCUCAGUCUGGUGCGUCUGCUCCGGGUUUCUCGUCUGGUCCGCUUUUUUAAUGAAGUGGAGAAAGUGUCGAAUGCCAACCUGGAGGUGGUUCAGGUGUUGUUCAGAAUCCUGUCUCUGUUCAUGAUGAUUUUUCUGCUGUGCCACUGGAACGGCUGUGUGCAGUAUUUCGUUCCGAUGCUGGAAGAGUUUCCGUCAGACUGUUGGGUCCGGCGAGAAAAUCUGAUGAAUGCCACAGUGGGGGAGAAAUACUCCUUUGGUGUCUUUCGUGCUCUCUCGCAUAUGACGGCAAUAUCGUACGGUUCCUCUGACGCACCGACAAAUGAGGUGGAGCUGUGGAUUGUCAUGACCAGCAUCAUGUCAGGAGCUCUGAUGUACACGGUGCUGGUGGCCAACACGGUUGCGCUGAUGACUGACGCAGACCUCACAGCAAAAGCAUACAAGAACAAGUUGAAUCAUCUGGAAGAGUAUAUGACCUCCAUUAAGCUUCCCAAAGAGCUGCGUAUCCGCAUCAGCAAUUACUUCCAGGCUCGCUAUGGGGGAAAGUGGUAUGAUGAAAAGGAUGUACUAAACUGGGUGUCUUCAUCCAUUAAGGAGGAGAUUUUGAUGAUCAUGUGCUCGGGCCUUGUGAGAAGAGUCCCUAUCUUUCGCAACUGUGACCCCAGCUUCAUCAAUGCCAUCCUUUUCCAUCUGCAGUAUGAGGUUUUUCAAGAGGGUGACGUCAUUAUGGAUCAGAACACCCCUGGCGAUCGCAUGUUCUUCAUUGAGCGGGGACAGGUCAUCGUGGAGACAGAGACUUCUGAGACAGAGUUAUGUGAUGGAGGCUACUUUGGAGAAACAUGUCUCUUGACCAGAGGAAAACAUCUGGCUACAGUUCGAGCCCAGACUAUAUGCCAGGUCUUUUCUCUGUCUGUGCAGAAUUUUUACACAGUGCUUGAAGACUACCCAGAGGUUUUGAAGGACAUGAACAGAACAACUAAGGAGGUCAUAAGUAUUAUUUGAUGCCCUCAGAGAUGUUUAGACUAGAUAUUCCCAACAUCACAUCAUGGACUGAUGAGUCUGAGUGUAGAAGAGCUGAGAUUUCCUAAUGUCAUAUAGAUUCUAAACUAGGUCCUUUACAGUGAAGAUUAUUUGAUUGGGAUCUAGAUAGAAAAUUAUGUUUAGAACACUGGAUAGUGCCUGCAAAAAAUACUCUCAUUUUUGUCUGUAGGAAAGAAAGGUUCAUGCUUUAUGAUAAUGAACACUUUUAAGUGUGCUUAGCACAGUUCACUUUUAUUGAUUUGACAAGUGUAAAAUGCAUAUACAUGCAUAUAAGUAUAUAUAUAGCAUGUGGAUAAAUGAUACCAACAUAUAAUAAUUAAUACAAUGCUUUGAUGCCUAACAUUAGAUGCAUAGCUAAUUCUGCCUAACAACUAAUCAUACUCAGAUUAAGAGAACUGAUUGUUUGAUUUGUUGAAUGUGUUAAUAAAUGCUUACUUGGAUUUAAGGUAAAUCAAAUGUGCUGUGCUACCCAAACACACAAACUGUUCCAGAUGCCAGCCUGUGUUUAUAUUCAUAUUGGUAAUAUGAAGCCUGAGGAAAGUUGCACUUCAUCUCCAUUUUGCCAGGUACCACAUAGAUAGCAACGCUUGUCCCCAGUCCUUCUUGCAGCUUUUUGAACAUCCGAUUGGCUAGAUAUAGUCUAGCUUUACCCGGAUCUUCUUCUAUAGCUGCAUAGAUUUCAGGUGGCGGGUUUGGGAUCUUCCAUUCCAGGUCCACUAUCAGCUGAUGGAUGCGAGCU